AUGUCCAAAGACACCCUAAAAUACGAAACAGACACUCUAACCGAAACCACCAACUUUUCUGAAGAUUCCACGACUUCAGAAUCCACUACCUACAAAGAACGGCCGGAAUUCCGAAUCAAUUUUGAAAAACGAAAUUCUGAACGAACUAUGAAGCGAUUUUUUUACUGUGGCGGUAAUGUUGGCAUUAAGGUGGGUCUAAAAAUUUUAAAAAAUGUUUGAUAUUUUGAAACUUAAAAAAUUUCGAAAUAUUGAAAUUUUUUUUUAAAUAUUGACUUUUACAAAGUUUCUUAUCUUAACCUUGCCAUUUUCAGCGUAUUGUCCUAGCCACCUUAAUAUUAAACGCUUUAUGGAGUUGGGCUGUUGGUGUAGCUAGUGUUUACUUUGAUAUUAUCUACAAUCAAGCCGAGUUUCAUCGACAAUUUAUUCAUGUUUAUGUGUGUAUUGUACAGACAAUCAUUCAUUACUACACAAUAACUGGUGUUGUGAAAAGUAUCGUGUGGAAUAUGCAGGUCUUCAUCAUGUACACAGUGAGUUUUUUUCGAUAUUAUUAUGUUUUUGAUAGUUUUUUAAACUUUUUUAAAAGUUUUUGCUAUUAUAACGCUUCAAAACCUGAAAAUUUUGAGAGAAAUAUGAAAAAGGAUGAUUUAUAAACCAAUAUGUUUACAAGCAGUACAUAUUUUACACAUAAAUAUAAGCUAAAAACAAAUGAAAACGUCUAAAACAUUGCCGUGAUCACCCUUGAGCCCUGCGAGAAAAACAAGAGCGAAAACAAAAACGCUUUUGCUCCGUGCAGUCGUGUCCGAGUGGUUAAGGAGAUUGACUAGAAAUCAAUUGGGCUCUGCCCGCACAGGUUCGAAUCCUGUCGACUGCGUCAUGUUUUUUGGCUUUGUUAAGGAUGUUUUAACGUUCUUUUUCGAGUUUAUAGGUUAAAGUAGAUGUCUAAAAAAGUUUUUAUAAUAUAUUCUUUAAGAUAAAAUAAUUUUUUCGCGAAUUUUUGAGGUUUUAAUUAAGAAAAAGUGCGGAAAAUAGCUAAAUUAGACCAUUUUAAAACUUUUUCGUUUUGUUUUUAUAAGUUUAGGUAUGAAAAUAGUUUUCAAACAGUCGUAAAGUGAUAGAAAAGGAAAAUAAGAAACAUAUAAAAUAAUUUACAAUACAUGUUAUACCUAAACCUUACUGUAUUACACGAAAAAUAUUGAAAAACAUUGAUUUCUUACCUUAUUUAUGAAGAAAACCAAUAAUAAUGCCAUUUUCUAACUAUACCUUAAUUUCAGCUGAUCUGCAUGACCCUCCUAACCAUCCACUGUAUCUACGAGUUCUUCACAAUGGAAAUGACAGAGCUCUGUUCAUCCGAUCAAGUGAUAUUCACCGUUCCGUUCAUCUUGACCUCGGUUGGAAACGUGUUCGCGGCCUACUUUGCUUAUGAAAUGUAUCGAUUCUUAGUGACCGUGGCUCGUGACCACCCCAACUUUAGUGCGGAGCCGGAGAAGGUGAUUGAGGAGGAGAGGAGAUCGUUUCGGGAGUACAUGUUUGCCCAUCCGGACGUCUACAACAACAAAACAUCCGGCGAGAAGACGCGGAAGAUUUUGGCGGAAAUGGCUUGA